GGAAUGUCCAUGCGAAUGAUAAAAGAUAGGUGGAUGAAGUGAAGUGGGGUCACCACAGACACAUAACAUGAAAAUAUAUGCAACAUCUAACAGGACAACGAUAAGAUUAUGCGACUGCUAUGAUUCGAAAGAGGGGAGGAGGGGUCCACUGGGAUCCAAUAGAUUGUAGUGGAAAAUUAUCGUACAAUAUUCAUUCAUAAUUGAAAUACGAACAUCUUGGCUCAUGACUCCGGCCGCUGGAAACCGUAUAUAUAUUGAAGGGACCCCUCGUUUUAUUCUUUCUUUCUAUCUUGCAUUUUCUCACUGUAUUUUUUCUGAGCAGCUUCUGGAUAUUCGCAUCCACAACGCAUACAAUGUCUACAGCCGAAGUUCAAACUUCCCUCCCUUUCGUGGGAGGCAAGAAAACUACCUUGGAACAUCCUCUCGGUCCACUGACUGCUGCAGAGAUCUCGCAGAGUUCGCAGAUUAUUAAGAGUUCAUGGCCUGCUGAGGUUACGCUUCAAUUCAAGAGUAUUACCCUUGAGGAACCAAAAAAGGCUGAAUUGGUCCCAUAUCUUGCUGCUGAGCAUUCCGGAUCUGCUCUCCCAAAGAUCGAUAGAAGGAGUUUUGUGGUUUACUAUAUCAAGAAUACUGAUAAAUUGCACGAGGCUAUUGUCAACUUGUCUGCUGGACAGGUAGAGAGCAAUGUCAGACUUGGCCCCAAUGUUCACAGUGGUGCCGACUCAGAAGAACUGGUAGCAGUCGAGUUAAUCGCCUUGGAAGAUGAGGGAGUAAAGGCUGCGAUUGCAAAGCUUCAACUGCCUGAAGGCACUGUAGUUGUUUGCGACCCAUGGAUUUACGGUUCCGAUGGGGUUAACGAGGGACUUUUUACUGAUGAUAAACGCUAUUUCCAAUGUUUCCUUUACAUUCGAGACCCAAAGAACCCUAAUGAGGUGGAUGGUAACCAUUACGCCAUGCCUCUUACCAUUUCUCCUGUCGUGAGUGCCGAAACCAUGAAAGUUACACGUAUCGAUAUCAUGCCAACUGGAGCCGACAACACAAUUAAGGAACUCUCACCAUACAAAGUUCAACCUCCAAAUGAAUAUAUCCCAGAAGCACAAGAUCUCCGAAAAGAUCUCAAGCCAUUGAACGUCAUUCAGCCAGAAGGCGCUUCGUUUGAAGUUACCAAGUUCAGUGAACAGGGACAUACUAUCGAGUGGCAAAAAUGGAGCUUCAAGGUUGGCUUCAACUUGAGAGAAGGCAUGGUCCUCUACGAUGUUCACUAUGAUGGGCGCCCUCUAUUCUACAGAUUGUCUCUAUCGGAUAUGAACAUUCCAUAUGCCGAUCCUCGUAACCCAUUCCACAGAAAGGCUGCUUUCGAUCUCGGUGAUGUAGGUGCAGGUAUCACUUCAAACAAUCUUCAACUCGGAUGUGAUUGUCUUGGUUCAAUCCACUACCUCUCCGCCGUUCUUAAUGACGACAAAGGAGGAGUUCUUGAAAUGCCAAAUGUAGUCUGUAUUCACGAACAAGACAACGGUAUCGGAUGGAAACACACCAAUUACAGAACAGGCCGUGCAGCCGUCGUCCGCAACAGAGAGCUCGUCCUCCAAUCCAUUCUUACCGUCGCAAAUUAUGAGUACAUUCUCGCCUUCCAAUUCAACCAAGCCGGAGAACUUAUGUACGAGGUCCGCGCCACUGGUAUCCUCUCCACCCAACCUAUCGAUGAAGGUCUCACCGUCCCAUGGGGCACAGUCGUGCAUCCCGGUGUCCUCGCCGCCCACCAUCAACACAUCUUUUCUCUCCGCGUGGACCCUAUGCUCGACGGUCAUCUCAACACCGUUGUCUACGACGAAGCGCACCCCAUGCCCCGCAGCGACUUCAACCCCCACGGUGUCGGUUACACCGUUGACACCAAGCCCAUCACCGUCUCCGGCGGCUACGAUCUCAACUACGACGUCAACCGCACCUUCAAGAUCCAAAACUCUUCCGUCAAGAACCCCAUCAACGGAAAACCCGUCGCCUACAAAAUCCACGUUCCCCCCUUCCAAAAGAUGCUCGCGGACAAGGAAUCCUUCCAUCACAAGCGUGCCGAAUUCGCAGACCACAAUAUCUACGUCACAUCCUACCGGGACGGCGAGCUCUACGCCGGAGGAAAAUACACCAACCAAUCACGUGGUGGUACCGGUGUACGUUCUUUCGCUGAUCGUCAGGAUAACGUCCAAGAUGACGAUAUUGUCGUCUGGGUCCAAUUUGGUAUCAACCAUGUACCACGCAUUGAAGAUUUCCCCGUCAUGCCGGUGGAGAUCAUCAAGGUGGGAUUGAAACCAGUCAAUUUCUUCACCAAAAACCCCGCGUUGGAUGUGCCACCCUCGGAGCAAAGCUUCAACAAGAGCGUAUUGGCGAAGGACAGCGCAGCGCAACACAAGCAGGAGGCUGGCGAGGCGGUGAUUGGAUCCGGCGGAAAUGUUUGCUGUGUUAAGGAGGGGAGUAAGUUGUAAGGAAGCGAGCUUGUGAACUUGCGAGCUACGAAGUUGUUACGAUGAUGAUGAAGUUCUAUGUGGGUUAGACAUACAUGCAUGGCGUUUGGGAUUACUUGAGGUGUAUGUAAAAGGCGUUAGGAAACACGGAUAUACCAGGAGAAUGGCUAGCUACCUACCAACCCCAGGGAAGGGGAUCUUUUUUAGCUGAAAGUCAUGUAGAAAUAUAUAUUGUACUCCA